AUGAGUAAACGAGCAAGGCUUUAUAAUUUAGUAAAUCAUGAUGAUGAUUUAUCCACCUGCUCAUCAAAAAACAAUUAUUAUUAUUCGGAGGAGAAUCAAUUGGAUAGUAGAUGUGUAAAUUAUUCAUUAGAUAUUGGUAAUGCAUCGGAAGAGGAGUGUGAUGGUAGUGCUACUGAAGAUGAUCACAAUCCAUAUUUGGAUAGUGAUGAUAAUGAACAGGAGGAGGAGGAACAAGAUUUGGAAUAUGACAUUCCGUUAGCUUUAAGAUGUGAUAUUCAUAUUUGUCAGGAAGAGGAGAAGAAACAUUUGAAUCAUCAUUGA